UAUAAUACAGUAAUUGCUUAAAUCCCGUCAAAAGCAUGAGCAAUAAAAUAUCGUGAUUGAAUCGGUAGUGAUUGCCGUUUUCUUCUCUGUACCUAGACUGUUUGGGAGAACAUAAUAGAAUUAAGGUGAUGAGUUUAGGUUUCAUGUAGAAUUAGACACUGCGUUUGAAACCCGGGCUUCACACCUUAAUUGCUGCCUUAUCUUAGGCAGGUUGCUUCCGUGAGCCCAGUUUCCUUGCUGAGAUAAAGCAGGUAAAGCUCUUGGCACAGUGCCUGGCACAUAAUGAGCUCUCAAGUAUUGUUCUUGUCAUAAUUACAUCUUCCCAAACCUAAACAGGGGGUGUUUUAUAUGAUUCCUGAAACAUUUGGUCUUCCUGUUCUCCUAAUUUCCUAAUGAUUAAUAUACUGUCACCAGGAGCUUAGAUUUUUGUUCAGGUGUUUAGUCCCUAUUUUACAAAGGGAGAAAAUGAAGUGAAGAGACCUUCCUAAGUCGGUAGUGCACUGUGAUUGAAGCUGGGGACGUAAUGCGUACAAGUGUAUAAGCACAAACAGAUUUUUAAAUUUCUUUGUGGUUAAAUAGCAGAUCAUGGCCAACACCUCUCCCUACCCCACCCCAACUCUUCUUAUUUCGUUCUUUAUUACCUAUCCUAAACCUGACCUUGCCUGUGAUAUUUGAGGGUAAUAGGAUGUUAAUGUCCGUUUUUCUAAGUGAUUAAUAAUAAUACCACAACUUUUUGUGGUGCUUUAUAUGCAUACAUAUUCUAAAAAACAAGUGAAAGAACAUUUGAUAUUUGAGAAAUUCAUAAAAACCAAAGAAUAAUUUAUUUUGGAUUUAUAAGUAGUGGCUGGUAAAUGAAUUCAGCAUUUUAGUCCCAGUGCUACAAGACAUGUACUAGGGGCGGGUCUGCAGUAGCUGAAUAACGUUCAAGUGAGACCAUCAGAUGGGGUUAAAUAAGUUCCGGGUUAAGCGAGUUUUAACUCUGUGCUUGUUAUUUAUAGCGGGACAUUUCACGCAGUUGCCAGGAAUUGUAGGCUAAGUUUGUAGAGCAGACUGGUUGACUAGGGCCUCUGAAGUCGGAUUACCGGGGAUGGGAUCCUGGCUCCACCAUUCACCAGCUAUCCAGCUGGACUUUUGCAUGGCAAUUAUUUAUGGAGUGUUCUCUGCUUCAAAUUUGAUUACACCAUCAGUGGUUGCCAUUGUAGGACCUCAGCUCUCUAUGUUUGCUAGUGGUUUAUUUUACAGCAUGUACAUUGCCGUUUUUAUCCAGCCUUUCCCAUGGUCCUUCUACACAGCCUCUGUUUUCAUUGGAAUUGCAGCUGCUGUGCUUUGGACAGCACAAGGAAACUGCCUUACAAUAAAUUCAGAUGAGCACACUAUUGGGAGAAACAGUGGAAUUUUCUGGGCACUCUUACAAUCCAGCUUGUUCUUUGGAAAUCUCUACAUCUAUUUUGCUUGGCAAGGGAAAACGCAAAUAUCAGAGAGUGACCGGAGGACCGUGUUUAUUGCCCUGACGGUGAUUAGCCUUGUCGGGACAGUUCUUUUCUUUCUCAUUCGGAAACCAGAUUCUGAAAAUGUCCUGGGAGAGGAUGAAUCUUCUGAUGACCAGGACCUGGAAGUCAACGAGUCUGCCCAGAACAAUAUGACAAAGGCAGUAGAUGCAUUUAAAAAGUCUCUUAAGUUGUGUGUCACCAAGGAGAUGCUCCUUCUUAGUAUUACAACUGCUUAUACAGGUCUGGAGUUGACUUUCUUCUCUGGUGUGUAUGGAACCUGUAUUGGCGCUGUAAAUAAAUUUGGAACAGAAGAGAAAAGCCUCAUUGGACUUUCUGGCAUUUUCAUUGGCAUUGGAGAAAUUUUAGGUGGAAGCCUCUUUGGCCUGCUGAGCAAGAAUAAUCGUUUUGGUAGGAAUCCAGUUGUGCUGUUGGGCAUCCUGGUGCAUUUUACAGCUUUUUAUUUAAUAUUUCUCAACAUGCCUGCGGACGCCCCUAUUGCUCCUGUUGAAGGAACUGAUAGCAGUGCUUACAUCAAAUCCAGCAAAGAAGUUGCCGUCUUCUGCAGCUUCCUGCUGGGCCUGGGGGACAGCUGCUUCAACACCCAGCUGCUCAGCAUUCUGGGCUUCCUCUACUCCGAGGACAGCGCCCCGGCCUUUGCGGUCUUUAAGUUUGUUCAGUCCAUUUGUGCAGCUGUGGCAUUUUUCUACAGUAACUACCUUCUCCUUCAUUGGCAACUCCUGGUCAUGGUGAUCUUUGGGUUUUUUGGAACUGUUUCAUUCUUCACUGUGGAGUGGGAAGCUGCCGCCACUGUAGCCCGCGGCUCCGACUACGGAAGCAUCUGAUGAGGCGCCAGUGCGAGGAGGCGCGCGUCUUCACCCGACACAGCUGAGUGCCGGGGCUGGGUUGAAGAAGCCACAUUUCGUUGUCACGAUAGAUUGGAUGAUGUUUAGUACGGAAAGACAAAGAAUUAAGACUGCUGAAUCUGCCAGAGUUGGUAUUCAAGUUUACAGAUAUUAGCUAUUUAAAACAAGUGGACUAAGGGAAGUUUGUUCCGUCAGUUAUAAUUGUUCAAAGAUGUUGUUUUUCAGUUAAUCUAACUCAAGUUCCUUAUAAUCAUGUUACAGAAUGUAAAUGUUUUCUUCUCCCUCCUGUUCUCUUUGAAAGGUCCUGCCUUGAUUCAAAAUACUAGGCCCUGUGUCAUAUAAAGACUCCUGCUCCGGAUGAAGUCUGUGUUACUGUGGAAUAGGAGGGAGCACCUGCCACUCCGUAUAUGUGUCUGGGGAUGACAUGUAAAUAAAUUGUGAGAUGCUGAAGUGGAAUCUUCUCUUUGAAAAGAUUUGCACUUUCUUCCUCUUUAAACGUUUGGUUUGAUAAGUUUUCUUACCUUGCAGUUCAUAGCAAGGAGUGGCUAAUUAAGUACAUAUUAUAAAGUGAGGUAAAAAUUGUCUUAAAUCUUAAAAAAACAGUAAUAUAAUAACAUUUGUAAAUUAACAAAACACAUUAAAAAAACAAACACAUUUACUGGAGGAGGAUUUUUGCUAGUAAUUUUCCUAGAGGAUGUAAUGCAGACCCCAUUCCAUACAUAUGUCUGGGGGUGGGGUGCAACUAUGUGGGGAGAUGUUUAAGUGGACAUGUUAGCUUUCAUCCAGCAGAGCUUGCUUAAAAAAACUUUUUUAAUUGGGAUGUAAUUCAGAAACCGUCAAACUCACCAUUUUAAAGUGUACAGUGUAGUGGUUUUUUAGUCUAUUCACAAGGUUGUACAGCUAUCACUGUGAUCAAAUUCCAGAACAUUUUCAUCACCCCGAAAAGAAACCCCCUGCCUCUCAGCAUUCAUUCCCCGUUCCCUGGGCUAGAACUGGCAGUCACUGUCUACGUUGUGUCUCUGGAGUUGCCUGUUCUGGACAUUUCACAUGAACACAGGAGCCCGCCUUUAACUGUGAUGCUUAACUGUAUAAACGAGUUUUCUGGCAAAGCGAAUUUAGCCAAGAAGACAAACAAUGUCUUGUUUCCCACUGUUUUUUAAAAACCUGCUAGAAAUUUAGAAAUGUAUAGUUGACUUACAAAUCUAAAGAAAUACGAUGAAACGUGACUUUCAGAUGCCAUGGCAAGCGCAGGGAGUUCAAAAACCCUGUAGUUAGCUAGAGUCCUUAGAGAAGUUUCGUUUGUGUGGAACACUAAACCCUUCUGUAGUAGGUUACCAAGUUUUGAGUUUCUUUCUUGAAGUUGAGAUAAACUUACUUAUUAGUUGACCCUAUAUAAAUAAUUUGUAAAUGCUAUUUCGGAAUUAAUACGAAUGAUGUUAUCAUCUCUUGAAGCACAUUAUUGUUGACCCAGGUGUAUUCAUCUAUCACGGCGUGUUACCCCGAAACUCAGCCGCGUAAAACAGCACACCUUUAUCAUCCCACACUGUCUGUCCGUCAGGAGUCUGGGCGUGGCUAGGCUAGGUCCUCUGACCAGGGUCUGUCACAAGGCUGCGUGCAGUCAAGGUGUUGGCUGGGCUCUGCUCGGGGAGGCCCCACCUCUCAGCUCACUCCUGUGGUUGUUGGCAGGAGUCGGCUCCCAGCAGGCUGUUGGACGAAGGGUCUUAGUUCCUCAUGGCUGUUGGCUGAAAGCCACCCUCUGUUCCUUGUUCCAUGGAGCUGUCCUCAGGGCAGCUCACAACAUGGCAGCUGUCUUCAUCAAAGAAAGCGAGCGAGAAAAGCCAAAGGGAGAGUCGGAGCAAGACAGAAGUCACGGUCUUUUAUAACUUCAUCUCGAAAGUGACACCCCCUCACUUUUGCUGUUUUCUCUUUGUUAGAUGCAAGUCACUAGCUCCCGCCCAUACUCAAGGGAGGGGAUUACACAGGGGACUGGGGAUCAACAGGCAGGGAUCUUUGGGACCAUCUUACCAGACUGCUUAUCACUCUGGGCUUAAGCUCUCUGACACUGAGGCUGAGAACUGGAUCCUGCAUUCACACAUCGCUCCUUCGCCCAGGCUCCUUCUUCAUAAUGGGUCUCACCAACAAGGCUGGCGGAAAGAGGUUCAGAAGCCUCUGUUAACGACGCUGAGCACUUCAAUCCAGGGAAGCUGUGGCAUCCUAUCACCUCCUGCAGGAGUGCCGGGAACUGUUGUCGGAGGGAGACGAGCUGGAGUGAGGUGGAUGCGUCGGAACACGGCUUCCGGGCGCCUCCCACCGCUGUGCACGGCAUUAUUCACUUCAAGUUCUGUACUCACCUUUUUUGUUUCUUGAGGUCUUGUUUUUACUUAGUUUUUAUGUCUAUACGUAGUAUUGCUCUCGGUGGGCCCUUUGGAUGGCUGCUAUCAUUAAGUUCAUCUUUUAAAUUUUUAUUAUUUGUGUUAAAAAUGAAACGUGACAAUGAAAUAAAGAGUAAUUUUUAUACUUCUCUUA